AUGGCUUCGAGAUCAGACCCAAAUAUUCCGUUGCUCAAGACGUGCCAGACGUGUUUUCAUGCCAAGAUUCGAUGCGAGAAAUCACAGGAGUCUGGAAAAUGCGACAGGUGUUUGCGCCUGAACAAGACAUGUGUUUUUAAUCCUUCUCGGCGACGAAAGGCUCUGAGGCCGUCAAGAAAUCUCGAAGCUGCGAGCCCUACAAGAUCAAGAUCUCCAUCUUUGACCUCGGCCAAUGCGACUUCAGUAAAUGUGACGGAUACUUCACCUGGUGUGUCCACGACACCAGCCAGCAUUGAUACCGAAGCAUCCCACAACCCGUUCUCCAAGGGGUUGCUGUCAUUCGAGAAAGGACAAGAGUUUCUCGAUACCUUCAGAACGCGCAUGUCGCCUCAUUUUCCGUUCGUGAUAGUUGCAGAGUCGGUAACCAUUCAGGGGUUGGUUCAGGACAGACCGACGUUGUGUGUUGCGAUACUUGCGGCAGCUUCACACGAGGAUCUCAAGCUUCAGCAAAAAUUAGGCAAGCUCUUCAACGAAAUUGUACUUGUCAGGAUGAUAAAAGGGCCUUUUGCAACUUUGGAUAUGCUGCAAGGGCUCUUGGUGCAUUUGGCUUGGGCGCAUUUUCACCAAGGAACAAUGAAGUACACUCAGCAUCUGUCACUUGCAGCAAGCAUCAUCUCAGAUAUGAGACUUGAUCGACCGAGAGUUGCAAGUCUGUGGGCUCUGAGUCGGGAGAGCAAGCAUGGGUCUGGUGAAAUGACGCAUGACGAGAUGAGAGCUCUGGCCGGGACUUAUUAUCUAUCCUCGAGUUCGGCUGUAUUGUUGCAAAAGUCGCACCACUUUCGAUAUUCUCCAUUCAUCCUCGAAUGCUGUCACAACCUCUUAUCCGGGGGGACUGCUCCUUCUGACAGACAUCUUCCAUACAUCAUAUACCUUCAAAAGCUUACUGAAGAGGUUGACGAUGCAGUCAUUGAAGCCACAGGAGCAAUACGAGGGGCAAGGCAAGAUAAGUUGCCUGCCGAGUUACAUAGAAUCAGAGAGCGAUAUACGUCGACAAAAUCAUCCUUGCCAUUUCCGCUCAGUGAGAGUCCCACAAUUCUUCUGCAGUUGCACGUCCUCGACCUCCUUAUCUGCCAGCCCUCACCGGAUGGCAUCUCAUAUGGCCCAAACGGUUUCCAAAGUCUUCAGCAAGGGGCAGACCAAAGCCGUCUGCUCGACUGGCUCUCACAAAGUAUGUCUGCUGCAAAGUCCCUCAUAAGCGUCAUUCUCCUCCUCCCACAAGGCGACGAAGACACGAUGCCCAACAUCGGCUGGAUCAUGCUAUACUGCGCAGUUUCUCUGUCAGUACGACUAGACCUUGUAGCAGCACAACCCGAAAACGCACAAACUGCCGGCCAUCUUCGACGUAUUCUCGACAUGCCUCACACCCUUCGUCAAAUCGUCCUCCGCAUGGAAUCAGCUUCAAACUCGAAUCCAGGGGACGGUGAAUCAGAUCCAUACUUUGGUCUUGCGAGAAGAGCUCGGCGUAUUGAGAGGUGGUAUCUUGAGCGAUGCGGCCCUGUCGAAUCACCUGAAGUCGGGAGCCUUUUCGGAUCUACCGAGACAUCCCCUUCAAACCCAUUCACCGGAGAUAUUGGACUUACCCCAUCGUCUUUUCCAGAUCCGGGCUUGGUACCGAGUCUUCAUAUAACAGGUGAAUCGGAUGAUACGUGGAUGACCAACAUAUUGGCAGACCUCGAGGUUGAUCCGGGGAUGGAAAGCCUGCUGUUCACUGGACCUUUUGACUUUCUAGGCGAGCGUCAACAAUAG